AUGGAGGUUAACAAAAAGUUCUGCAUGCAUGAAGAAAAAGAUCUUGCAGAUCCAAUAAUGUAUCAUCAGUUGGUAAGUAGUUUGAUCUACCUUACCUUAACAAGACCUGAUAUCUCAUACUCUGUCGGAGUUGUAAGUAGUUACAUGCAGAAACCGAAGAAGCCCCAUCUUGAAGUAGUUCGGAGAGUUUUAAGAUAUCUUAGAGGAACAACUAAAUAUGGCAUUUUAUAUAAGAAAGGGCAGGAUUGCAAGUUAGAAGGCUUCUGUGAUCCUGAUUAUGCAGGAGAUCAUGAUACACGACGAUCAACUACUAGGUACUUCUUUAAACUUGGUUGUGGAGCAGUUUCUUUGUGUAGUAAGAGACAACCAACAGUUGCCUUAUCUACCACAGAGGCAAAGUAUAGAGCAGCACCCAUGGCAGCACAAGAGAAUAUAUGGAUAAAGCAACUAAUGAAGGAUUUGCACUAA